AUGCCCCAAAUCACCUAUCUUUUGGUUCAGGAACAAACAUCAACAGCUUACAGGAUCCAUGGCUUGGGAAUCAGCAAAGACAUCCCCAACACUAGCAAAAUUCAGGCGCUCCUCGAUGACGCCGCGGAGGCCGCCUGUGCUCGUAUGGGCUUGGAUUUGGCUCAAGGAGUUACACUCAUCGUGUACAAGGCAUCUGAUUUUCGUGGCCGGUUGCUCAGCGAUAUUAAGAGGGAGCUCGGGGAGAUAAACGAGGAUUUUCUCGAUAACAAGGCUGCCGAAUGCCCUCACCGUGGCGAGUUAUCGCUCCUCGAGGCAGAUGACAAUCAGGGGAAAGUUCUCGUUGUGUUCAAGAUGCGAGUUAAACCUGUGCACCCAAAUCCAUCAACAUAUGAAAGUAUGCAAAGAAAGAGCAACGAGAAGAUUCUCGAUGACCGCCCUGAGCCUGAUGACGAAAUUCCUCCUAUUCCACUUCUGUGCGAUGGUUUUGGCCAUUUCUUGGAUAUCCUGGAUGGCAAUGCAGACAUUCUGGGUCUAGAUAAAGUGGACAGUUCAAAAUUAUGGCUGGAGGUCGACGAGUUUGCGCGCAAUAUGUGUUACUUCUACGCCAUGGAGGAUGACCGGAGGGACAAAGCUCUACCUGCCCUUGACAAAAAUUUCACAGCCCGUAGUGGUGUCAAGAUCCCUACGAUUCACGCAGCUUCCAUUGGUUCUGUGAGGUCGGAUGGGCAUAGUGUCGGAAAGCACGGAGGAGUGGUACUGACCACCAAAUUCAAAAACCGGGUUGCAAGGAUUACUGCAAUUCCUGAAGUAGAGCUCGUGGGGUACGUUGCACGGUCGCACGUGAAGGGAGUGGAGGAGAUGCAAGAACUGUUUGAACGAUGGCGGGUACCCUGUCUUGGUCUGACUGUUGUUGGUUCCAAUGUUAAGUUUUAUGCCAUUAUCGUGCUUGACUCCCACUAUUGGCUUAGCCAGCGCCUGCUCUACAUCGCCAAGACGGAAGACCCCGACUACCAAACCGUCCUCAUAAAAUUUGUGCGAGGGUACUCAGCCGAGUUGCAUGCGUUUUGUGCUGACUCCGACCACGCGCCACGCUUCCUUGCUUUUGAAAAGCUUCCGGGUGGGUGGCUGGCAGUUGCGAUGGAAUACAUCUCAAGCGGUGUCACAAUAACGACAGCCACCUCGUCCCAGCUCGCCUCAUGCAGAGAACACUGGGCAUCACAACUGUGGAAGCUUGUUAAAUCCUUUCACGAUAGCGGCUUCGUCCAUGGAGACCUGCACGACCCAAAUAUCAUCUGUGACGACAAGGACAGGGUGCUGCUAAUUGACUUUGAUUGGAGUGGCAAGGAGGGGCAAGUGUCUUACCUGACUCCCAACCUCAACGAAGAGCUACUUGCAGGACGAACACUAGGCGACCUGAAAAUUACGAAAGGUGACAAUGAGCGUGUCUUACAGAGGACACUAGAUAAGCUUAAAAUGUAG